ACCAAAAAUGUUUGUUUUUUGUUUUGAGAAAAUGGCCACCAAAAAUGUGAGCGGCAGUCCGAGACAAUUGGGCCUGAAUUCUAGGGCCUCCAUGUUGUGCAUCAAGCCCAAGAACACACAACAUCCAUCGAGGCACACCAAGCGGAGUACCCAGCCCAGCCCAGCCCACGGUUACUCCUUCCGCCGCCACUGCUCGUCGCGUCGCCUGUUGACUCUCUUUCGCACGGCGGCGAUGGCAACACCCGCGGCCGCGCCGAGGCACAGCUGCGCCAAGCUCUCCGUGGCCGUGGAGGACCCCAAGGCGGCGGGCGGAGGCGCCAUAUUCGUGAAGGCCACGUGGCUCCCCACCCGCUUCUCCCUCGCCGUCACCGACGGCGCCGGCGCGUGGGUCGCCGACGCCUCCGAAGCCGAGGUGCGCCUCCGUGCCGAGCAGUGGGACCAGCCAGUCUCCGACUACCUCUCCCUCGCCGAGCGCUAUCUUGCCUUCCAACAGCCCUCCUCCACCUACUCCUUCCACGACGCCGGCAAGGGCAAUCGCAGGUUAUCAUGGACAUUUGAAAGGCAAGGUACCAAAUUGGAAUGGCGUUGGAAACUGCAGCCUGCACCCCAGACACAACAGACUAUAGCUGAGGUCUUGGAUUUUCUUAUGGAUGCAAAUAUACGCUUGAGUGAAGAAGUUGUCAGGAAAACACAAUCAUUUGAUAAGUUGAAAGAAGAAGCUGAUAAGUGCUUGCAACAAAGUGAGAGGUUUAACAAUGAGAAAGCUGAGUUUGAGGAAGCCACCUUUACAAAGUUUGUGGCUGUUAUAAAUUCGAAGAAGGCCAAGCUCAGACAGCUGAAGGAUAAAUUCUCGGCACUUGAAUCUUCUGACAAAGCUCCGAAGGAGGACGAGGAGAACUCGACUGACAGGACAGAGCCCUUCGAGGAAGGAAGUGACAAGGAUCCAAGCAUAAACGAUGAACCCUCGGAGACAGGCAGCGGCAAUCUCCAUAGCUCUAGCUCUCCUGAGAAAACCGCUGCCACUUCCCGAGGUAGGAGAGGACGCAAGAGGACGAGAAAAUAAUAACCUGAAUGAAUGAAGCAAGCUAACUGCUAGAUUGACGAGGACAUGACCUACUUGGAAAUGUUGCCUGUUGUGAUGUACUGUCUGUUAUUUCAUGGAGCUUCAUUUCCUCAAGUAUCCUAGUCAUGUUCUUCACGUGUUUUUCCUUCUCUCUUUUUUAAUAGAGGAAGGCACCCUUAUGCGAUGAACUGAUGGCUGCUGGACCUCUAUAGUUUCUAAUGGAGACUAGUUGCAUUUCUGCACA